CAUAUCUUUUACAAUUAUGUCAAUCUUUUUCAUCUUACUCGUUUUCGUCACUUUUGCUUUGCGUUACCACUUCAAAUCCCAACAGCAAGGCAAGCUCCAAGAGGCUAAGCAGCCUUCUCUUCCGCCAGGCCCUAAACCUUGGCCGAUUAUCGGAAACUUACCCGAAUUAAUCAGAUACAAGAAAAAAACUUCGGUGUCUCAUUGGGUACACAGUUUCAUGAAAGAAAUGAACACCGAUAUAGCUUGCAUUCGCCUAGGAAACGUUCAUGUGAUUCCCGUCACUUGUCCGGAAAUCGGUCGAGAGUUCUUGAAAAAACAGGAUGCUGUUUUUGCUUCCAGACCGCUUACAAUGGCCACUGAUGUGCUUUCGAAAGGACACUCAACCUCCGCUUUUGCACCCUUGGGAGAUCAGUGGAAGAAAAUGAGGAAAGUUAUGGUUAGCGAGAUGCUUUCAAAGGCAAGGCAUCAAAUGCUUUACCAGAAAAGAGUUGAAGAAGCUGAUAACCUCGUGUAUUACGUUAAUAACCAAUGCAUAAAUUCCAAUGAAGGUGGCCUUGUGAACUUAAGAGUGGCUUCCCGACACUAUUGCGCCAAUGUGACGAGGAAAAUGUUGUUCAACCGGAGAUACUUCGGAGAAGGGAAAGCAGAUGGUGGACCUGGUUAUGAGGAAGAAGAAUACGUCGAAGCCAUUUUCACUACUCUUGCUCAUAUUUAUUCCUUUUGUAUAUCCGAUUACUUACCGGUUUUGAGAGCCCUGGAUCUGGAGGGACAUGAGAAAAUAAUGGAGGCAACUAGGGUUAUGGACAAGUAUCACCAUCCCAUAGUUGAAGACAGGAUUCGACAACGGAGAGAUGGCAAGAAAGACGAACUCAAUGACUUGCUAGAUGUUUUGGUUUCUUUGACCGAUGACAACGGCAACCCACUACUGUCGACGACCGAGAUCAAAGCAGAAAUCUGUGAAAUGAAUCUUGCUGCAGUGGAUAAUCCAUCAAAUGCCUUAGAAUGGGCACUAGCUGAGAUGUUGAAUAAACCUGAGACGCUACAAAAGGCCAAAGAUGAAUUGGAUAAUGUUGUUGGAAAAGAUAGGUUAGUUCAAGAAUCUGAUUUCCCAAAACUGAACUACGUCAAGGCAUGCGCAAGAGAAGCCUUUAGACUCCACCCCAUCUCACCAUUUAUCCCUCCUCAUGUGUCCGUGGCCGAUACAACAGCGGCCGGCUACUUCAUCCCAAAGGGUAGCCAUGUGGUCCUUAGCCGGGAAGGGCUUGGUCGAAAUCCUAAAGUUUGGGACAAUCCAAGCGAGUUCAAGCCAGAACGUCACCUCCAGGGUUGUAAUGAAGGCGAAGAAGUGGUGCUUGCAGAGCCGGAGUUGCGGCUCUUAUCGUUCAGUAGAGGAAGGAGAGGGUGUCCAGGGGUGGUGCUCGGAAGUUCGAUGACUACCAUGUUGUUUGCCAGGCUUUUGCAUGGCUUCGAUUGGAGCAUACCAGCGAAUCAGGGAACCAUUGAUCUUAGCCAGCCAAUGGGAGAAUCGUUUCUGGCUAAACCGUUGGUUGCUGUUGCAAAGCCACGGUUGUCACCCCACGUCUACCCUUGUUCAAGUUAAAUCACAGUGACCGAUAAAUAUGAUGAUCAAAGUAACGGUAGAAAUAAAAGAAGGAUGAAU